AUGAAAUUAUUUAAGUGUAUUUACUUAUAUAUAGUGUGUCUCCCGAAACCACACAAGUUGGAUGCGUAUUACCUGCACAAGAUAUACGGGACGUUAAUGCUGGUAUUCAUCAUGACUGUAUUCGCCGGAUACUCAGGUCGGCUAAAACGACUGAUUUGCGCAGUAUUCUUCCGAAAGAGAGAAAAGCGCCGCGUGCUGUACCUGUACAACGAGACAUUAAGGAAGCGAAUGGCGUUCUUCCGGUACAUGAAGCAAAAGGUGUCGAAAUUGGCCCGCGAAAACAAAUUAUCGGAAGAUCUCGACAUUUUUCUGAUGUUGAGAUUAAAGUUCCCGGCAGUAUUUGGCUGGCUGGUGUGGUUUGCAUGCGGUCGUCGAAAAUGUCUGAUUUGUGGCGAACCAGAAACUAUUUCCGGCAAACAGUAUGGUUGCAACACCAUUGGGUGCGUUUAUAUACACUGCGAACAGUGUUGGAAAGAUGUUGGUGUCUGUUAUGCCUGUUCAGACACAUUCACCAAAGAAGACAAUGAACACAAUUUAGAUGUGGAUACUGCAACUGCUAAGGGUUAUGUGGACACUGAUUAUUAG